AAGUGAAUUCCAGGACAGCCAGCUUGUCUGUUUCUCAGCAUGCAGUAGUAAUGAGAGGCAGGAAAGCGAGAAGAGCCAGAGACACACACAGAGGAGAAAAAAGGAGGAGGGGGGAGAAUCACAAAGAGAGGAGCAGAUCUGCACAGGAUCUUCUAAGCCAAGCCUAGGAAGGAGCAAACCCAUCUAUCCUGGACCUGGAUCUCAGGGCUGGUGACCCAGAAACUCACACUGGAUCUGCAACUAUGACAAGGAGGGAGGGACACUGAUAUGGAAGGGCUGUGACUAGGCGAAUUGUAACAGGAAGGGGAAUGCUUUUUUUUUCUUCCUCCAGAUCUGCUCGAGUCCAGCCUGCCUCGUUGAAAGAAUGGAAGCACUGGCAGCUUGACUCUUCAGGGAUCGACUGCAAGGGGAAUGCCACUUUAACAAUGUAAAUCUUGGCCACCCAUCAGUCAAUGAGCCAAUUCCAAUAAUUUGCCAAAAGGCUUGGAAGUCGGGAAGAUCUCAUGAGAAGACUACAAAGCCACUGGCAUGUUUCUCAGUUCAAAGACGCUACUACAAGACGACAAGAGCCUGAGAAUGAUGUGAAAGUUUCAGAAAAGGUGAGAGGCAGAGCUGCAGAAAAACCAAUCCUUUGAGACCCAGGACAGAGCUCCCCCUUUUUUUACCGUGUAGGGGCGGGGCGGGGCUAACAAGCUGCUGAAUCUCAUCAUUUGAAUGGCGGGAGAAAAACCGCCUCUCCCCAGCUUUUUCUAGUACAGUGCUAAGAGAUGGUAUUGCGAGAUGUCUGGGGAUUAUGAAGAGGAUUUUUGUCGCCUCACAGCGAUGCUGAUGAGGGAGCUGUGCUAUAGGAUUGAGCAGGAUGAAAAAUGUCUGGAGUUCUAUGAACUACAGAGGACUCAAGGGAUACACUACUCAAACGCUGAUGUCUCGGUUAGCCUACUUUCCGUUAUUGUCACCUUCUGUGGAAUCGUACUCCUUGGAGUCUUACUCUUUGUCUCCUGGAAAUUAUGUUGGAUACCAUGGAGGGACAAAGGUUCUUCCCAGACUCAACGCAAAGAUCAUGGACACCAUGGACAUCUUCACCACUCCCACUAUGGGGACUUGUUGGUGGAUAGAGUAGAGCUUGGAGUUGAGAUGCCUGAACGCUCUUAUUUAGAUAUGGACUCUUACCCAGAAGCCAACCUUAAAAUCAGUCAAACGUCACCAGACAUACCAGUAGAUAGCCAGAGUGUGGCCAAGGAAUCUCAGAUACCUUAUGCACAGUCACACCAGCAAGUUGCAAAUAUUGCUCCUACUACUAACAGAUACAGCACGUUACCCAGACCCAUGACACAGCAGUUGUCCAGUCCUGAUUUUUCAGGUCACGUGGAUGAGAAACCAGAGCAGGCCACCAGUAUUGGUCAGAUAAAGCCGGAGUUAUAUAAACAGCGUUCAGCAGAUGCUGAGAUGAAGAAAUUGGAAGCCACAAACUGUGGGCGUAUCAGCUUUAUCCUUCGAUAUGGCUACAAUUCAGAACAGCUGGUGGUAAAGAUACUGAAGGCUCUAGACCUGCCGGCAAAGGAUGCCAAUGGAUUCUCAGAUCCUUACGUAAAGAUGUACCUUCUUCCUGACCGCAAGAAAAAGUUCCAGACUAAAGUCCACCGCAAGACUCUUAACCCAAUCUUUAAUGAAACAUUCCAUUUUAAUGUGCCCUUUAAUGAGCUUCAAAACCGCAAAUUGCACUUCAGCGUUUAUGACUUUGACCGAUUUACCCGGCAUGACCUUAUUGGUCAAGUGUUGAUAGACAAUUUGCUGGAUUACUCAAAUCCAACAGAGGAAGUUCCCAUCUGGAGAGACAUCCUAGAAGCCAGCUCUCAUAAGGAAAAAGCGGACUUAGGAGAAAUAAACUUCUCAUUGUGUUACUUGCCAACUGCUGGACGCCUUACUGCCACUGUCAUCAAAGCCUCCAACUUGAAGGCCAUGGAUCUGACUGGUUUUUCAGAUCCAUAUGUGAAAGUUUCUCUAAUCUGCGAGGGCCGGAGACUAAAAAAGCGGAAGACCUCCAUAAAGAAAAACACGCUAAACCCAACUUAUAAUGAGGCCCUAGUGUUUGACAUUCCUAAUGAAAAUAUGGACCAUGUGAGCCUCACCAUUGCUGUAAUGGAUUAUGAUUGUAUAGGUCAUAAUGAAGUCAUUGGGAUGUCCCGGGUGGGCAGCGACGCAGACACGCCUGGCAGAGACCACUGGAACGAGAUGCUGGCAAACCCUAGAAAGCCCAUUGAACACUGGCAUCAGCUGGUUGAGGAAAAGGCUCUCACCAGUUUUGUGACAAAAUCUUCCCCACCACGGGAGAAGCCAAGCAUAAUAGUGGACAACACACUGUCUGAUUAGUCAUUUCCACUACCGAGGGAGAGAGAAACCAAUCAGGAGAGCUGUAUCUGAGCCACAGGCUGUGCUCUGUCUGUUUCCUCUUCAUCCCACCUGUUUAAUGAGGAGGGCACAAGACUCCUGAGAAGGACAAAUGAAGACAAGGCUGUAAAAAAACAACUGCACCAGAAAACAAACAAUGUAGAUUUCCUUAAAGCCAUAGAGUAAUCAUGUACAUUUUGGUUGAAACUACACCAAGCCAUGGUGAACUUCAAUAAGGCCUUUCUGACCUUAGGGUCAGGAAGACACAAUGUGAGGACACAGGCUAAACAGUCACUCACCAUUUCAAACUCCAGCAAUGCACUAAAUAUCGCAUGGGUGAUAAAGAAAGGAAGAGACGUUGAACACUGAUAAAUCAUUUAGAUGAAGCAACCAUUUAGGAACAUUAAGUCAGAGUCAAUUGCAUGUAAUGGAAAAGCCUCUCUUCUCAGCCUCAUUUUACCUCCUGUGAUGGGGGAUACAGUGCUUGACUUCCAAAGCAAUGCCGCUGUGGUCUUUUGGCUUGUUUCCCGGUUUAACAGCUAUUGGCUUGGUUACAACGCUUGCCUCAUCUCUUCAGUAUUUCCCAUGCAGACACCAUGGAUUAUAAGAAUGGGGACUAUGAAUUCAUGUAGGUUGUGGUGCACCACACACAUUUCUUUUACCAAUGUUGCAGUAAAAAGCAGUGGUUUUGGUCAAAAGCUGCUGCUUCAAAGAGGCGGUAACCACUAGUCAACGGAAAAGCAGGAGCAUUUGUCAGACUCUUGCUGUAAGAUGUAAGAACUUUUCUGUUGACUGUCUUUCUAAUGCUUCAUGUAAUAAUGUACAAUACGUAUGUGUGAGCCUGACCAAAUAGUGUUCAGUUGAGUGGUCCUUGGUGGCUUUCACCUUUCUAUUAAAAAAAAAAUGGUAAUUUUGCCAUUAUUGUUAUGGUGAGCGAGAUUUCUGAAUAUGAUUAAAUGUUCUAUGUUUGUAGUAAUGAUUAUGACAACUUUCUGAAAGGUUUGUCUUCCAGUCCAGAAAUAAAGGGUGUUGAUAUCCUUCCAAGUUACACAUUCAAUAAAGAAAAGCAAUUGUGGGACAUUGGUCAAUAUAUUUUAUCUAAAAAGCCCUUUUGUUAAUGAAAAAAGCAAAAAUGCCAGUUCAGUGCCACUGUAUCUUCUGUAAACAUUGCGCCUUAUGGCUUUAAUAGUUGAUGAAGAGUUGACAUUCUACUCUUAAAGGGAAACGGUUGUUGUAACAACACUAUAAAUGUGAGAGUAAGGAAUACACAUUUGGACUGAAGAUUCACAAAUGUGUGCUUAGGUGACCAGUGUAUAGUGAUUUGGCACCUGAUUUUGUUAUUGUGUAGACACAUCUGCCAUCCAACCAAAUGUUUCUUAUUAAUGUACUAACAUCAACAUUGCUUAAAGGAGUUUGUACAGUAUCCAUGCGUCAAUUUAAAGUCAUCUUGAUGUCUUCAUUACCAGUUGUUGACCACUUCCAGAUGUUUUCAUCUGGGGUGACUUCUAUCCUUCGCUUCAGUCUACUAACCAACAGCUAUUUUCUGUUCUAGAGCUGUUUUAAGUCAUUAUGGAGACAAGGCCAAAUCCUUAUGAACCCGACUGAGUAGUGAAAAAGCUUGAAGGGCCUUGUGUACAUUUCAUAUCAUUAUGAUAUGAAGAGAUUUGAAAUUCUGAAUUUCAUAAUGAGAUUCUCUUUGUAUGAGCUGAAGUUCAUGAUUAUGUAUGUUCAGGUUUGGUCACUGCUGAUGGACGAAGAGCUUGACCGAAACUCCUGUUGGGUGCUGGCCCUGCAUUUGGUGUUGGUGCUUUUCUUCAUUCUUUCGAAUUGGAUUCACCAAGGAUUGCAUGGACUUCAUAGCAUGUGCAAGCAAUUUUUAAGAGGAACGGGACUAUUCCUUGGGAGGCCCACCCGUAAAUUUCCCCAAAGAGGAAGAAAGGAGAUGAAAGGAGAAUUUGGCUCAUACAAAAUGAAAACCAUUCAAAAACAAUUAAACCAAAUGCACGUGUGUAUUUUGUUGAAAAAUUACAUUUGUCUGUUUAUAGUGUGUGAGAAAAUGUUCAUUUCUAAGCAGUCGUUGACUGUAAAGCCAUACCAAACAGUGUAAAAAAUAAAUAAAAAAAAGGAAUAAAAAGAACAUGUGAAAUA